CUUGACGCAGACGAGCCAACCUCGAACAAAAAUCAUCUCACCCUGUCAGGAAGUGCCGCCAGUUUCUUGGGCGUGAAGGAGAUUUCAGCGAAUCUUUAUCAGAUCGACGUCGUCGGUUUCGCCCCAACCGGUCACCAUCAGUUGGAAUUCACCGUUUCUGAUGGAGAGUCUUCGAGCGAGUUGACAGUCGAAGUGCAAGUUCAGAAUUCGCGAUCUCACGCUCACUUCAGAAGAACCAAGUAUUCGAGAUCAAUUACUGCCGACAAAGUGCACCAGGGUAAUCAAUUGCUCCAAGUGGAACUGGAAGGUGUUCCCAUUGACGAGGCUCGCUUCGUGAUCCUUCAGGGAAAUCCAGGAUGGCUUACCAUCGACGAUUACGGGGGCCGCGUUGGCAUCGCAAAGUUUAUAAGUCCUGUGGAAUCCGGCACGUACUUGGUAGAUAUUGGAGCUGUCGAUCGGCAAAGCAACGCACUGCUGGCGCAGACUCAGCUGGAAAUCAAGGUCGUGGGAGGAGCCGAAGCCGAGAAAAAGAUGUUCUCUCAGAGCUUUUUCCGACGAACCCUGGACCGAGAGGAAACCACCGAGUUCUCCGUACCCUUCAAGAUGAAGAAGCUAGGCGAAGUGCGCCUUGAGUCAGUGUUUGCUAUCGACGAGAACGGCCAGCAGAGCAAUUUCGAUAUGAGCGACAUCAUUUUGAAGAAGCAUUCCGUCGUUUUCAAAAAGAGCUCACUCGCAGAUCUUCGAGCGGUCAGCGUCGAGUUGGUGUCCGAGGGAGAAAAA